AUGUACAUGAGAAGUUCAGCCUUCUCCUAUCCUUCACCGGCAACUAAAAUUCCGAGAACAGAUAUAUCACUUCGUGAAAUACUGGACACUUAUCGUGAUAAUAAUGAUCUAUUAAAGCAAAUUCUCGCGGCAAAGGCCGAAGAGGAUAAGGCAAGGAAUUUAGAAUUUUAUGUCAUCGGUUCACAGGACAAACGUGCUGAAGAGGAAAAGUAUAAGACCGAGGCACUUCGUUUGCAAUGCAAGCAAGUGGAAUUAGAGAUGCUAAAAGAACAGAAGAAACCUCCUACAAUUUUCACGGGAGUUCCACACAUUCAUAGUCCAUAUUUACCAAUACCUCCGCCUAUUGCUACUACACCUACAAGUGCAACACGCCUGUCACCACCAUCAUCUGCUAAUAACGGACAUGACAGUAUGUCCUAUAGUCAUAAUGGGAUCUCCUCGCAAAGUCAUUCGUAUAAUUCUGUUAGUCAAAGACCCUCUUUAACACUCUCUAUCCCUUCAUUCCCAAUCAUAACGACAUCACCAACCACCAUGCAUAAUCAACACUCAUUUUCCACACCUACCAGUAGUGUACAAGAACACCCUCAUUCCGCAUCUUCCCAUCGUUACACUCAAAGUCCAACAACCAUGAAUAGUAAUAAUAAACGCCCUAAACUCAAUUCCGAAAGUGAAGUCGAUCACGAAUAUGUGAUGGAGGCUUUAAGACAGAAAGUGCAAAGGAACCAGGAAAAUCCGGCGAAGAAAUAUAUGAAUGUGUUUAAGCCAAGAAGUGUUAGUACACCGGUGGUUUCUCAUAGUAAUUCUUCGCCUAGCCAGCCACACCCCCAUUCCCAUCAACACCACCAGAGUCGAGAUCAACCAAAGCAUCAGCAGCAAACAGUUUCUCCUGUUGAUCCUCCUAUUGCGCGUUCUCCAAUUCCGCCAUUACCUCCGAUGAAUGUUCACUCGCCCGGAAUGAAUCAGGAACAAGCAACGAAAAGUUGA